UUGGUAUUGUUAUAUAAGGCCAUUACAGAAUUUAUAAGACUAAUAUUUAAUUUAUAAGACUGUUUGCUGCCACUGCAAUGGUUAAGGUUUGGAUUUUUAAACAUCAGAUUCCUUAAUAAUUAGGUCAUAUGUUUAAAUUAUGUUAUUUCUUCAAAUAAAUUCAAUAUUUUUCAUGCCCACUGAUACCGGUGGCAUGAUAAUGAUCCAUUCAUCCAUACAGGCACAGAGGAGUGUGGCUUGGUGUCUCUUCACAAAUUUAGCACCUUUAUAUCGCUCUUACUCUCAGAAAUAAUCCAAUUUCAUAUGUAGUGCUUUACCACUUUGGGCCACGAUAGUACAUAUUUAAUCAGUUAUUUUACUUUCCAUCUUUUACAUGUUUAUAUCAAGUCUGCCCUCUGCUAAAUUAUCAGCCCCUGCUCCAGUUCCACAGGAGGUAGGAGGAGAUGCAGAAUUCAGGCACAUUCAUAUUCAAAUGUACACUUGUUGUAUCACACCUGUAACAAAAGGUUGUUUUGUAUUGUUUAAAGAAGCAUAUAGACAUAAUGUGCACACACAUAUUUAUGAUGCUGGUCAAACUAAGUAGCUGUUACUAAUAGUGAGAACAGACUUUGUUGGGGAAGUAGCUUCAGCAUAGUGCAACUCCUUACUCUGUAACCAUUUGUGUUGUGAUACUGGGGAAGUAGAAUUUGAAGAGACGAGUGAAAAUGUGUUGAUAAUGGAUAAUAUUUCUAUUGUAAUUUUUGUGCUGGACAAAUUAAUCUGCUGGUUGUUUUGAUUACUUCUCCACAAGUGUUACUGGACCAACUGAAUUCCCAGCUGUUGUGUUGUCGUAGUCAAAGCUGUUAUUAAUAGAUGGUGUGGAAGGAAACUAGAGUCAGAACAGACUGCACAGUGUAACCUCUUACUCUGAAGCCACCUACUGUAUGUUGUAACACCUGACAGGUAGAAUUUGAAGAUUUGAAAACUGUGAAAAUUUGUUCUCUAAUCAUGGAUAAUGUUUCUCUUGUAAGAAUUUUCACUCUCUCAGGGAUAAAUGAGACCAUGAAUAACAGUAUUGCUAUCUUUUCAAUCACUUUACUUUAUUACUGUGUGAUUUUGUUAUUAAAUAUCUCUCUCAUCAUGAUCAUUAUCAUAGAUGAAAACCUGCAUGAACCUAUGUACAUCUUACUGUGCAGUUUUUGUAUUAAUGGACUUUAUGGGACCACAGGUUUCUACCCCAAAUUCCUCAUAGAUGUAUUGUCUUCUUCUCAAGAAAUCUCAUAUGAAGGAUGCCUUUUACAGGCUUUUAUUGUGCACUCAUUUGUUUGCUGUGAUUUAUCCAUUCUAGCAGUUAUGGCCUACGAUAGAUAUCUGGCUAUAUGUCGACCACUGCACUACCACUCUUUCAUGACUAAGAGGAGGCUUUCUCAGCUGGUAUGUUUCUCCUGGCUAACACCUUUCUGUAUUGUCUCCAUCAAUAUUGUGCUCACGUCAAGACUAAAGUUAUGUGGUACAAAUAUUCGUAGACUGUUUUGUGCAAACUGGAUAAUUGUUAAACUUGCUUGCCCUGAAACUGACACUUCUUCAAACAAUGUAGCUGCAUAUAUUGUAAUUUUCAUGUAUCUCUCUCAUGGCUUUUUCAUAAUUUGGACUUAUAUGCAUCUUAUUAGAACUUGUGUGAGGUCUAAAGAUGACAGGGUAAAGUUUAUGCAGACAUGUGUGCCCCAUUUAACCUCAUUAGUCACUUUCGUAGUUGCAGUACUUUUUGAUUUAAUGUAUAUGCGAUUUGGCUCCACAGAUUUACCUCAAAGCCUUCAAAACUUCAUCGCUAUAGAAUUUCUGCUUAUUCCUCCUGUUAUGAAUCCUCUGAUAUAUGGAUUUAAAAUGACCAAAAUACGAAACCGAAUUCUGGGUUUAGUUUAUGUUGAAAGAAAAUGACCUCUUCCAUUAAGUUUAAUCUUUAAUUCAAUUUAAUGUGACAAAAUCCAGUGUUUUUGAUUAAGGAUAUAUCAUGAUGACCAACAACUUAACAUUUUGUAUUUACUUUGUUAAGCGUAUUUCUGUUAUGCUUCAUGUGACAUGUAUGAAUAAAUUGACGUUUUUAUUUUCCA